CCUAAUAGUAAAAGCCUAGAUAGCCUUGGAGAGCUAUGGAGAAAGUUUCCUUUAUCUUAGAGAAUACAUAUGGCACCAGCAACAGAGUAUUGCUUGAAAUGUGGAUGUUAAAUGUAUUUGUUAUAACAGCGCUAGAUAACCAAGACACAUAUCAUGAGAAAUAAUUGAAGGAAUGGAGAAUAUUAGUGAAGAAUAAAAGAAGACCCAUAAAGGGACAAUGAUUGUUUUAUUCAAAUAACUAAAAGACUGUCAUUUAUAAAAAGGAAUUGAACUUCUUGUAACAAUGGAUGACAAGUAGAGGACAAUGGGUAUGGAUGUAUCAAGGAGGCAUAAUUCAGCUAAGCAUAAGAAAGUUCUAAACAAAUAAGCCAUCUAGAAAGAGAACAAGCUGUUUGGUUGACUACAGAGACUGUACCAUACUUGUCCAGAUUGCUUUAAAGAGGUUCACAGAACUGGGUGCAGAUUGGCUUAGAAGAUUCCUGAGCUUUUCUCCAAUACAAAGAUUGUCUGAUUCUCUAUGGCUGGUAUAAAUGUUUUAUCAUUAUGUGAUCUCCAAAUCAAAUUAAAGCUCUUCCCACAGAUAAUGGUGAGAGUUUUUUCUGAGAACAGUUAGAGACAACAGGGAUUGAGGCAGAGAUCAGAAGAGUGGGGGGUCUCAGCCCCAGCUUUGCCAUGUCCGGAGGGUGAUUUGAGCUUUUAUUGAGUUCUUCGUCCCAGAAUUCCAUGCACUCAUAAUGAAGGAAAACCCUGUAUGUGAGAUCAUUCUAAGCCCAUUCCAAAGUCUCCAUAAUCAAUCAUGGGUAAAUAGAAUUUGAAUAAUUUUUAAAUGAAAUUACUUUAUUAACAUCUAAACAAGCAACAUUUGAGUCAGAGCUAUGAAGGGGUGUACAGACAUCCCUUUCAUUUGUUUUCAUUGUUGUUGAAUCAAAUUUUCAUAUCAUAACUUUAAAGAUAAGUGAUUUACAAGGACUGUCCUUCUCAUGUGGGUUAAGCAAAUGGUUUAAUCUUUUUGAGCCUCAGUUUCUUCUUCCAUAAAACAACAGGAUUUGAUGAGACGAGCUCUAAAUCACCUCUUGAUUUAACACACUGUGAACCUUCUAUGCACUUACGAAUACAAAGAAUGGAAACAACUUACAGAAAUAAAGAUAAUUUUUUUGUUGUUGUUUCUUUGAUUUUGGGGAUUACUUAUGCCACUGCUACCUAUACCUCCUGAUUUCUCCCAUGACGCUAUCAAUGAACUUAAGUUUCUUUGUGGCUCAUUUUUUUCAGACUAGUAUUAUCAGCUUUGUACAGAAAUAUAAAUUGGGUUUCUUUGGGGUCAUUUCAUUUUUGUCAAAUACUCUCUGCUCUCAAUUUCAGAUUGUCCGAAUCUGAUUCUCACUGACCAAUGAAGAGACAAAACCAAAGCAUGACCACCGAGUUCAUCCUUAUAGGCUUCUCAAACCUGGGGAAUCUGCAGAUCCUUCUAUUCUUUAUCUUCUUGUUGGUCUACCUGACCACUUUGACAGCCAAUGCCACCAUCAUGACAGUCAUUCACCUGGACCGGGCUUUGCACAUCCCCAUGUACUUCUUCCUCUUUGUCCUCUCCUGCUCUGAAACCUGUUACACCUUGGUCAUUGUACCCAAAAUGCUGACCAACCUGCUUUCCACAAAUCCAAGUAUUUCUUUCUCUGGAUGUGCUGCCCAACUCUACUUCUUUGUGGGCUUGGCUUGUACCAACUGUUUUCUCAUUGCUGUGAUGGGCUAUGAUCGGUACGUUGCCAUCUGCAACCCUCUCAACUAUAUGCUCAUUGUCAGUAGAACCACCUGCAUGCAGUUGGUUUUAGCCUCAAGCUUCUGUGGUUUCCUGAUCUCUGUGGUUGUCAAUGUCCUGGUGUUCAGUGUGCCCUUCUGUGCCUCCAAUCGGAUCAACCACUUUUUCUGUGACAUUUCCGCUGUCAUCAGAUUGGGCUGUACAGACACCAACCUAAAGGAGAUGGUCAUCUUCUUCCUCAGCAUUCUGGUAUUGCUGUUUCCCUUUGUGCUAAUCUUCAUCUCCUAUGUCUUCAUUGUUUCCACCAUCCUGAAGAUCUCCUCAGUGGAGGGACAGAAAAAGGCUUUUGCCACCUGUGCCUCCCAUCUCACAGUGGUCAUUGUCCACUAUGGCUGUGCUUCCUUUGUCUACUUGAGGCCCACAUCCCUGUACUCCUUAGACAAGGACCGGCUGGUGGCAGUGACCUACACUGUGAUCACCCCACUACUCAACCCUCUUGUCUACACACUGAGAAAUAAAGAAGUGAAAACAGCUCUGAGGAAGGUCCUGAAUAGAUACUCAUUUCCAAAAACCGUAUGAGUACGUUAAUAAUUUAGGGAAGUUAUAUUUAUAAAAAUGUCCCAGGUAGAACUUCAAUUCUAUAAUCAGAUCAAUUCUUUUUUCUAGGUCUCCUUAAAAAAAUAAAAAAAGAAUAAGGACUUCAAGUAAACUUGAUUCUUUUCACUGGAAAAUUCUUCCUCAGGUUUAGCUUAUAUCCAAUAUACUAAUGUAUAGGUUGUACCAAUUAGUCUCCAGAAAGUCAGGUGAACAUGGAAAUUUUCAAAGACUCAAGCCAUUGCUAUUUUCAUAUCCUAUGAACGUCAGUUUUCUCAGAUCAACACUUCAAGUACUGUGCUGUCUUUUUGUGAGUACCCACCCUGUUGAUGCCCAUCCUACAUUGAAGGAAACAGUGGAGACUAUUGUUUUAAAUCUCUGAAUGCUUGUAUAUAUAUUUUGAGGUUUAAAGGAAACAUUCACAAUAAGUUGAUUAUUUCUAGACAAAAUAAGAAUUCACUGAUGAAUAGAUAAGAAGGGAAUUAAAGUUCUAGGACACCGGUAGUAGAGUAGAAAACACAGACUUUGGAGUCACAAAGAUCUGAGUUUGAACUUCGAUUCAGAUAAUUUUCCACUUAAGUAACUUGGGUCAGGUUUGAACUCUUUUAUUAUCAGUUAUAAAGAAAUUCAGUGCUUGUCUGAUAGAAAGCAUUAAAAAAUAUUAGUUUUCCCUCAUAUCCCCCUCAUUGUCCUUCCUUUAUAAACUAGGAUUGGACUUGAUGUCAGAAACAGUGAAAGAGUAAGUUGACUGUAAAAGAACCCUGAGUUCUGUUUACUUAUCAGCUACUAUAUGCAAAGCCUUGAACUAGGUGCUGUAGAGAAUACAGUGAAGAGUACACAGUUCUCUCUUUCCUCC